AUGGAGAACCUAUUCAGCGAAGUUGAAACCGAGGAAAUCAGGGAGUCAAUGUUGGAAUGGUACGAUUGUAAUCACAGGGAGCUUCCAUGGAGAAGGAAAGAGAAGGGAUCUGGUGAACGAAUCGGUGGGGAAGGAGAGAAGGAGAAGAGGGCGUAUGGGGAGGUUAAUGAGAUGUGGGCGGGUCUGGGUUAUUACAGGCGGGCACGGUUUCUAUUGCAGGUUCCUGGAAUAGGAAACUACACUGCUGGUGCAAUUGCCUCCAUAGCAUUCAAUGAAGCUGUGCCUGUAGUUGAUGGCAAUGUGAUAAGGGUGCUUGCUAGGUUGAGAGCAAUUUCCGCAAAGCCUAAGGAUGCAGCAACGAUGAAGACCUUUUGGAAGCUAGCAGGUCAAUUAGUGGACGCUCAUCGUCUUGGAGACUUCAACCAGUCUCUCAUGGAACUUGGUGCUACUGUCUGCACCCCAUUGAAUCCCAGCUGCUCUUCCUGUGUCCUGUUUCUAGCCGUUGCAGAGCUCUUAUAA